AUGAGAUCGAAAUCCAUUUCGUAUUUCUUAUUUUUUAAAAAAAACAAAAAGAAAAAUGAUUCAUGUGAUAGUGUCAUAAUAUCUAGCAAUAAAAAUUUAUCAAUUCAAUUAUCGAAAGGCGAGGAAGAUGAACAGAAUGAAAUAAAUGAGGAAAAGAGUUAUGUAAAAAAUGAGGAUGUAUAUAAAAAGGAAAAAUUAAAAAAGAAAAAAGAAAACAACGAAAACAAUAAAAUGAAAGAUAAAAACGAAAUAUUAUAUAAUUAUCAUAACAUUUCAAAUGAUGCUACUAGUGAAUAUGUUGAAAAUUAUAAAGUAUAUGAAAUGAAUAAUUCUAAUAUAAAAAAAAAGAGAGAAAGUUUUUUUAAAAAAAUUAAUAUUUUACAAAAAUUUAAAAACUAUAAAAUUAAAAAGGCAGCUAGUACCUUUCAUACGAUAGGACAUAAAACAUCUUUUUCUGGUACAGAUGAUGAAAUGGAAAAUAAUCAGAAUAAUCAGAAUAAUCUAAAUAAUCAAAAGAAACAAACAAAAUAUGAAAUAAAAAUUUCUGAAUGGAAGGAUGAUAAAUUGCAUGCUUUUCAUAAAAAAAAUGACAUAUUGGUAUUUGAUAAAAUGGAUGAAAAUGAAAAAAUGAAAACUGAUAACAACAAAAGCAAUCAAAUUAAUCUAGAUAAUGAAGAAAGAGUUAAUAAAAAUUAUCCUAUGGCUACUAAUGUACAAAAUUUUAAUAUAAAAUAUACAUCAUUAGAUUUAAUAAAUGAUGAAUAUAUUAUAGAUUCUAAUAAACCUGAAGAUUCUAUUAUGUCUACAGAUAAAAAGAAUUAUAAUUUUAAUUAUAAUAAUGAUAUAUAUGAUGUAGAUAAAAGCUCUAACAUAAAUAAGUUAGGUAAUGUACAAAAAAAUAAAUUUGAUAUUAUUAAUAAAACAACACAUAAUAUUAAAAAUAAUGUAAAUAAUAUACAUAAUUAUGUGAUGUAUGCAAAUAAAGAAAAUACAAAAAUAAAUAUUAAUAAUGAAAAUUUAAAUGAAAAGGAACAAAACAAUUAUGAUGAAGAAGGGGAAUCAAAUGGUCAUGAAAUAUUUGAAGAUGUAAAAAAAUUAGGACCUAAUAAUAUAAAUAUUAACACAGAAGAACAUAUUCAUAUUAGUGAACCUAACUUAUCAUUAGAUAUGAAGGAUCAUAAAAAUUCUAUAAAUGAAAAAGAUAUCAUAUUAAAAUUGAUGUAUAACAAUAACGGUAUUUAUUUUGAUGAUGAUACACAUAUAAAACAUUUAAAUAAUAAAAUAAAUGAUAAUUUUAUUAUAAAUAAUGAACGAGAAGAAGGGUUAAAUGAGAAACACAAACAAAAAAAAUUAAAAAAAAAAAAUACCAUUCUAAACAAAAAACAAAAUGAAGAUAUUAAUCAUAAUAGUUCCAAACGACUUUUAUCUAAUGAGAAUAUAUUUAAUAAGAACAGAGAUGAGAAAAUUAAAUAUGGUUCUAAUAAAUAUGAUAUAUUAAAUAAUGUCUAUUCGAAUGAACAACGAAAAAAUAAAUAUAAUGAUCAUAUAACAAAAAAUAAAAGAAAUCAUUCAGCACAUGAAGCAAAACCUAAUUAUAAAGAUAACAACAAUAGUAAUAAUAAUAAUAUUAAUAAUAAUAAUAAUAUUAAUAAUAAUGAUUCAUAUACUACAAAUCUAUAUAGGAAACACAAUGUGAUGAAAGAUGAUGAAAAGGAUAACUCUAAGGAACCAAAUGUACAGGGAAAUACACAAGAUGAUGACGAAGGUGGUAUCAUAAAUAAAUAUUUAAUUAACCCUAUUUACAAUUUAUUUCUACGUGCUAAUGAGGAAAUACAAAAUUCAAAUAGUACAAUCAACAAAUUCAAAAUGAAUAAUAUAUCAAAAAGUUAUACCAACGAACUACAAAAGACAUAUAAAAGUAUGUACGAUAUAAAUGAUAUAUCAAAUAAGAGAAAUAUUAAUAAUAAAGAUAGAUAUGGAACUAAUUUAUAUAAUAACAAGCCAUAUAAUAAUAAAUUAUAUAAUUCGAAUCCAUAUAAUUUGAUUCCACAUAAUAAUAAUAAUAAUAAGGAAGCUUGUACAAGCAUAAAUCUCAAACAUACAGAAAAUAAAUAUUCCUUUAAUAAUUCUCAUGUAAAUUCAUAUCUAAAAAACACGAAUCAUCUUCCACAUAGAAAUACGAUUACAUUAAAUAAUAGAAAUUAUGAAGAAUAUGAGAUAGAAAACGAAAACGGUCGUAAUAUUACUAACGUGAACAAUAAUUAUUUGGAUGAAUAUAAUAAUUCUUAUAUUCCUCCACCUCUCAAAAAAAUAAUACCAAUAGAUGGUGUGAGAAAUAAAAGUAUAAAUGAAUUAACCAAUGUAACUAAUACGCAACGUAAUACAAGUGUUUCAUAUACGAAUAAAAAUACUGAUGAGCAUUCAUUUGAUGUACCAUUAACAAAUGGAAUAAAAGAAUCUAAAUAUUUAAAUAUCAAUAAUAUUAAUGUUAAUUCCCUUGGUUUUAAUUCACCCAAGCUAAAUGAAUAUCAUUAUGAAUCUAUGAAUAUUAAUAGAUCAUAUCCACUAAAAAAUAUGGUGAAAAAUAAUUAUAUGGAGCAUAAUUAUGAUGAUAAAAAUAAUAUUUUCCUUGUUAAAAAUAAUGAAGAUAUAUAUGCGAGUAUUCAUAAUGGCAUACAUGAAAACAGCAUGUUAAAAAAUUACCAUUUAAAAAAAGCAUGUACCUUUCAUGGGUACUCUAGAAAUCAACAGAAAAAUAUGUAUACAGAAGAAAAUUUAAAUAUUAAUCAAAAAAAGAAUUAUAGUAAUUAUCAUAAUAAUGGAACGGUGUUAAAACCUUUGAUAAAUGCUAAUAAUGUUGAAAUGAAUGAAUUUGCAGAUAUUAAUUUAUCGGUUCAAAAAAAAUUACACAGUUUAAGAAGUAUGGGAGGAAAGGAAAAUGCCAUGGAAAAUUACACAAACAAAAUUUAUAUCAACAGUAAGAACAACAAUAAUAGUAAUAAUAAUAAUAAUAAUGAAUGUGGUCAGUAUAAUAAUAACUAUCAUUACGAUCAUAGAGAUUUAAAAAAUAUGUUUCCAUUAAAUCAUCAGAAUGGUAAAUUAUUAACACAUAGUAAUAACAAAAAUUCAUAUAUUAAAGCAAUAAAUGUACAAUCGAAACAUCAUUCAGCACAUCCAGAAAUAAAAACAUUUGCACAUAAUAGAUAUCCUAUAUUAAAUGAAGGUUUAAUAAAUUGUAAUCCCUUACAAUGCUUGGGUUAUGAUUUAAAUCAAAGGAAUAAGCAUAAUGUAGUAUACAUAAAAAAAAAUGAAUAUCUUAAUAAAAACAUUGGAUCUAUUAUAAAUGUUCUAAAUAAAGAAGGGCUAAGAAAAAUUUCUACACAUAAUGGAAAGCUCGAAUCGUAUAGUAAUAUGGAUAAUAAAAAUUUAUACAUGGAAGGACUAAACAUACACCCUAAUGAUAAUAAUAAUAAUAAUAAUAAUAUUAAUAUUCAACGUUGUGAUAAUAUUAAACAUAUGAGAACAAAAAGUUUAAAUUUUGUAAGUAGAGAAUCCUAUGGAGAACAUAAAAGUCUAGAUGUUUACCAGGAAUGCUAUGUAAAAAAUAAUAAACCUAUUAAUAAAGUAAAUGAUAAAAAAUGUGAGGAUAAUAAUAAUUCAUAUCUUAAUGAAGAUGAUAACGCCAGUAUGCAAUUUUAUGAAGAAACUAAUAGUAAUCCAUAUAUUGUAGACCAGGAUAAUAGUAUGAAAAAUACUAUCAAUAAUGCUUUAUAUAACAAGAAUAACAAUUCUUAUGUUGAUUCAAAGAAUUGUGAUACAUCUAAAGAGUAUGGAGAAAAUAUUUCAGAUGUUAUAUUAAAUAAUGAAAAUAUAGAUACUUUGAAAGAUAAAAAAAUGAAAAUACAAAAUAAUAAUGAAUUCAUUAGAGAACAGGCCCAUAUAGAAAAUAUAGGAAAUUCUCAAGAAGAAAUAUAUGAGAAAGAACAUGAACCGUUGUGGGUAAUAAAUACAUCUAAUGAAGAAAAGAAAUCAUAUGAAGAAUUAAUGCAGGACCAUAUGUCAUCUAACCGUGUUACAAAAAAUAAUUAUAGUGAUAAAAAUAAUGUUGAGGUAUUAUUAAAUGAAGAUAAUUUACUAAGUACUGAACCAUACAAGGUGAAAUUAGAAAAAGAAAAUAAAAUGGUAGAUAUGUAUGAAAUGGUAGGGGAGAAUAUAAAUACAAUUAAAACAGAAAAUACAAACGAUAUAAAUGAAGAAGAUAGAAACCAAACAAAAAGAGAAAGCGUGGAUCAUAUUCAUGAUACAAAUAUAAAUCAUAUAAUAAAUGAAUAUCCGAAUGAUACAUAUAAUUUUAUAAAAGAUAUAGAAUGUGUACAUAACAAUGAAAAUAAUAUGUAUAAUUCUAUUGAACAAUAUACAUUUUAUAAUGAUACAUAUAAUAAUCAUUUAAUUGAUAAAAAUAAUCAAAAUGAUAUAUUAGAAGAGGAAGGUAUAAACAAAUUGAACUUGGAAGAAAAAAAGAUAUAUAUAAAAAGUAAUACAAAGGAUGAUCAUAACGAAAAUAAUAAAUCAAAUAAUUUAACAUAUUUAAAGAAUACCAUAUGUAAAAGUGAAAAAGAUAAUAAUGAAAAAGAUGAAAAUACAUAUGUAGUUAAAAAAAGGGAAAAAGUUAUUAAACGUAAGGCUUCAAUAAAGAAAAAAAAUGAAAAAGUAAAUGAGGAAAAUUAUAUUAAUAUAUACGACCAAAUGGAUAAUCAUAAACAAAAUGAUAUUCUAAAAAAAGAAAAGGACGAAGAAAAUUGCAUUAUUUACAAUAAUGUAAAGGCUAAUUAUGAUGGAUAUAAAAAAAAUGAAGAUGAAAUAAAAAUAACGGAAGAAUCAUUAAAUGUCCUUUAUAAAGAAAAUCACAAUGAGGAAAAUUCUUCUACAAAAAUGUUGAAUAGUACAAAUAAAAUAAAACGAACAAAUAAAGGGAAAACAAAAAAAAAGAAUGUUAUCACAAGGGUAAAUAAUAAAACAAAACAAAAAAUUGAAUAUGUUACCAAUAGUUUUAAUAAGUCUUCAAAAAGUGAGAAUUCAAAAAUGGGAAAAAUUGGAGGUAGGAAUAAAUCAUUAUUAUCACAUAGUAAGAAAAUUAGUGAAAGAAACAAAAAUAAAAUAAAAAAAAUUGAAGAUAUAAAUUCAAAGAUAAUAAAAGGAAAAAAAAGUAAUAGCCAAAGCAAACUUGGGAAGGAUACAAAGAUUAGAAGUGCAUCAAAAAAUGAGGAACAUAUAAAAAAAAAAAAAGACUUAAGAAAAAAAUCUAACGAAAAAAACAAAACAGUGAUAGAUAAUCUAAAUAAUAUAAAUAAUUCAUCAGUAUCCAACAUAACAAGCAAAAAACAUAAAUUGAAAAAAAAAAAAAAAAAAAAUAUAUAUGUGGAAAAUAUAAAUGAAAAUGAAGAUAAAACAAAUGAAUUUUGUUCUAUUGAAACAAAAGGAACCGUUCUAUUAUCGAAUAUGAGUAUUAAGAAGAUUGAUAAUACAAAUAGUUGUACUUUAAAUGAAACAUUGGAGGAAAAUACAUUAAAUUAUGAAAGUAAUAGUAAUUGUAGUAAUAAUAAUUUAUGUGAUGAUAAAGAAAAAGACAAAAAUAUAUUGUGUAAUGAAUAUUACAGUGAUGUUGAAACAAGCUCAUUAAACAAAAUUGUUACUUCGAAUAUACAAGAUAUGAGCAAUUAUUAUAAGGAAAUUCAAACCAUUAAUUACAUAUUAAGUAAUAUUAAUAAUCCAAAUUUUUUAAAUUCACUUGAACUGAAUGAUUUAAUAAAUAUUGAAAAAAAAUUUAUUAACGAAAAUAUAUAUAUUAAUAAGCAGAUAAUAGCCUGUAAUGUAAAAAAUGAAAAAUCAAAUGAUGAGAUGGAGGAGAAAAAUGAACGCAAAGGAAAUGAUGAAAAAGUAGAAGACGAAAAACAAAUAAAAGAAAAGGAAAAUAAUAAUAAAGAUGAAAACGAAAAAAAUGAAAAAAAUGAAAAAAACGAAAAAAACAAAAAUGGUAUUAUUUAUGAUAGCAGGUUUAGUAUUAUAUAUUUAGAACACGAUUUAAUAUAUUUAAAAAAAAACAAUUUAAAAGUGAUACUUAACGUUUUACUGUCAAAUGAAUAUUCUUUUUUUGAAAUUAAAUUAACCAUAAUAUUGUUAAAUUUCUUUAUAUCUAAUAAUUGUCAAUGGAGUUUCAGUCUAUUUCCUCUUUCAUUAAUUAAUAAAUUAAUACAUAAAUUCAGUUUGAAGAUAAAUAAAAAAGCUCCUAAAUAUAAAUUGGAAAAUAUGAGUAUUAACUCGGAAAAUAUUCCAUAUACAUAUCUUUUUAUAUGUGAUGGAAGUAACUAUUUAUGUAUUAAUGACAAUUCAUUAAAUAACGAGGCAUAUGAAAACAAGAUGAAAUUGAACAAUAUCAUUGGAUAUUACCAUUAUAUUAAUUUGAAUAGAUUGACAUAUUAUCUAGAAAAGGCAAAUGAUAAUUUUCUUUAUAAUCAGCAUAUAUAUGAAUGA